AUGACCGACCCCGAGGAGGUCCUCCGGCUCCGGCAGCAGCUAGAGGAGGCAAGGGCACGAGAGCAGGCCGAGCGACGCGAGAAAGAGGAGGCAAGGGCACGGGAGCAGGCCGAGCGACGCAAGAACCAGAAGACAACACUGGAAGAAUAUCUGUACAACUGCCACUUCUGCCUCUACAAGCAACUUGGGCUCGCCGACAAAUCCAAGUCAUCAACGGGAUUUACGAAGGUCGAGGGUAAAUACUAUCCCAAGUGGCUUCGUCCCUGGACCAGCUUCACGAAUACCCAGCGGCAACAUCAUUUUGACGCAAUCAGGACGGUCUGUGGGAACAGGCGGCUCUUCCAUCAAGAAAGUACAACCAAAGAUCUGGGGGCCACAAUUCACCGCAAACGGGCAGGCAACGAGAAUGCCGUCGAUCACUUCGAGAAGCUUGCCGUGGAAGAUCCUGUCUGGGAAAUUCUGCGACCGCUCUGGGAGGAGGAGGAGAUACGCAAGGAAUACCAGUGCACAGAGCUACGAUUUAGCAACAACAUCCGGGAUUUCACCCAACAAAGCGAUGGCGAUCCGGCCAGGGAGGAGGAGCCAAGCGAAGGAAGACACGAGCGACGGCGCCAGACCGGGCCGAACAAAAGAGUGGCGUCUGAGCAGAGAGUUAAACCCCCACCGACGAAACCUGAUGGAGCUGGCGUCCGUACACGCCUGGGCGGAGACGAGAGCCUCGCGUUUGUCUACGACUACAAGGCAGCUCACAAAGUUGCGUCGGAGUAUCUGAAGCCGGCAGUCGCGAAUGAGAAGCUGUUUAUGGAGGUCAUAGGGCGGGCCAACAGCAGUAGAUCGCGGAGCGGUGCCGAGCUACGGGAGCAGGAGAAGGCGGAAGAGCAGAUUGCCAUGGCGCUGACACAGGUCUUCGACUACAUGGUGCGAUAUGGGGUUGCAUAUGGCUACAUUCCUGCUGGCAAAUCCCUGGUGUUCCUUCACAUCGACCGAUCCGACCCGCAGACGCUAUAUUGUCAUCCGUGCGUCCCGGACGAGGACGUGGGCGAAUCAUCAGACGGCGAUUGGACCGACGACAAGGCGCUCUAUACGGCAGUGGCUCAGCUAGCUAGCUUCUGCUUGUUAAGCCUCCGAUCCAAAGCUCCCAGGGGAGCUUCACUCGAUGCCGCGUCGCAGAAGGCUAAGGCAACGCUGAAAAAAUGGAGUGAGCCAUACGACGGUGCGGCACGUCUUGUAGGGGCAGAGGAUACGGACUCGCCCUCGGUGUCGUCAUCACAAGCAACGGACGACUCUGAGUUCAUGUCUCGCGCGGUUCCAGCCGGCCGACAGGUCGCAUUGCGGUCAAGGUCACCCUGCAGGGCCGCGGUGGGCUUUCGUAAGGAGGACGAAGACGAUGACGGGCCAGACGGUGAUCUGUCCCGACCUCGAGCAGGGACAGACGCCAACAAACGGAAAAAUCGCCCUUGGAGCAGCAGCUCCGAAAACUGGGGGGGAGACGAGGAGGAAGAGGAAGCCGAGAUGUCCGAGUCGGCACCUACGAGGCAAUACUGCACGCAGGCCUGCCUGCUGGGUCUCAAAAGAGGUCAAAAUCUCGACGACAAUUGCCCCAACGUGCUCGCCCAUCGUACCGCCGAAGGUGGCAGCCGGCACGCCAUCGACGCCAAUGAGUUUACCCGCCUAGUGAAUGAGCAGCUCCGUCAGAAUCCGUAUCGAAAUUGCGAGGCGCUGGACGGCUGGGGCAAGAUAGGGGCGACGGGCGUGCUCUUCAAGCUGGAGCUGGCGCCGUACGGGUACACCUUUGUUGGCAAGGGAAGUCUACCUGGCCACUCCGGCCUCUUGGAGCACGAGAGCCGUAUCUACACGCGGCUCGACAAGCUCCAAGGCGAGGUAGUACCAGUGCACUUUGGACUCGUGCGGCUCGACUGGGGUUACAUUCUCCCUGGCGGGGCUAGGAUCUUUCUUAUGAUGCUGAUGUCGUGGGGUGGGGAGACGGUUGACACGGUCACCGCGAGUGCUGGCGCUGCAGACCUGCUGGCGGAAGUGCGGCGUUCCUCACAGGACCUCUGGGACGAGGGCGUCGACCACGGCGACGAGCGCAACGCUAACCGGCUCUGGAACGACGAGCUCGGACGCGUCAUGCUGAUCGACUUCGACCACGCCGCCCUUCUUCCACGCCCCAGACACAAACAGCUUUCCAGGGUGUCCGGGAGAAAGAGGAAACGGCAAGGAGAUCAUGGGAACUACAACCGGAAACGGGGUCGCCUACAGUUGGUUCAGUAG